AAUGAAAUCAAUUCACACAUACCCACCUACCGUCUCUUGUCCCAGUGUCGCUUCGCUCACGCAGGCCAACGACAAAUAGGCACUCUCGUGGUCUCUCUCCCGCUCCCCCCCUCUCUCUCUCUCUCUGCAUCAAUGGCCACGGCCGGCAGGAAAGUACCAGUAGGCACAUAUCAUGACGCGGCCGACGCGGUCAACGAGAGAGAAAAAUCCACACGCACCCACACUUCUCCUUCCAGCCUGUUCACUUUUUGAUGCCCCUGGUUUUCUUGAGCUUCCUGACGUCCUUCUUGAGGAACUCCACUAUCGCAGCCUCUGACGUCUCCUUAACCGUCACGUCCCUGCCCAAACAACUCCGAAGGGCACGCACCUGUGUAGACCAACCACACGUAUACACACAGGCACACGCGAUGAGGCGAAGAGUCACUGUGUGUGAGGGAGCGUGUGUGGGUUGUGUGGUGUGGGUGGUGUGGUGUGGUGUUCGUGUCCCCCCCUUCCCCCCACGUCACAUACGCACCCGUGUGUAUGGCCAGUCCUCGGCCACAAUGUCGACUCCGCCCUCCUUGUUGGGCGGCGGCUGGGGGCGGGACCAAUCGGAAUCCGACACAGGCUGGCAGACGCGCGCGCAGAGAGAGAGAGAGAGAGACCCAGUCAGUGAACACACACUUGGAGGGUAUGUAUGGUACCUACCCACCUCUUCAUAGUAGUCGUCAUCGACCCUCGGCCGUCGUGGGUUGAACUGCAGCCUGACCCCUCCGGGCAGCGACCGGAUGGCCACCGGUGUGGUCAGGUGCUUGUAGUACUGUCCCUCACGCAGCCACAGCCGCGCCCAGUCCUUGAGGAAGUUGACGACGUGCACCACGGGCAUGCCCUGAAUCGACUCGCGAUACAGCUCGGGGCCGUCCAGCUUGAUAAAGGCAUCGUCCCACUCCUGUGGGAGUGAGUCAACACGACCAACAGACAGGCAAGCGGAUGGAUGGAUGGCUGGAUGAGGCACGCAAUCGUCCCCCUCCCUCCCUGUCGUUCAAUCAUUUCCUGGCUAGUCUACCCAUUCUUGUGGGAAGUCCUUGCCCGGUGCGCUCGCGAGACUCAUCGUGGCAUUGUAGGCCACUCGCUGCAUUGAAUGCAUUGUAGGCAUUCACCCAUCACACCCACAGAAUACAGUGAGCUCUUGGCUGACUGGCUGGCUGGCUGGGUGCACACACACCCACUUGUUUCGUACCUUACCUGGUGCACACACCUGACGAGGCACUGUGCGGCGGCCUCCUGUGUGGUCAUGGCGUCCAGAGGGAUGGAGGGGGAGUCACCCGCCUCGAACCGAAUGCCCGCCAUCUCACCCUAUGGACCCGAUCCACAAAGGGCAAUUAAUGUUGGUCGUUUGCUGGGCUGGCGUGUGUCCGCCGCCGUGGCCUCCCGUUCUUUCAUUGUACCGACCGCCAGGGGUUCCAGCUUGCCGACGCGGACAAAGGAGUAGUCGAGUCCCCUCUUGUUGCUCUGCUGGAUGAUGCUCUCCUCCACCCGCCGCUUGUCGUCCAAAUCUGAACAAUCCAAUCCAAUCCAUGUGUGUGGCUCACAUCGUGUCGGCGCGUGGGUGGGUGUGGCUGUCCACUGAGUGAGUCAGUGCUCAUACCGGUGAACAUGCCGAUGAGACCCCCUCGGUCACGCCUGUCGAUGCCCAAAGGCGACAACAAUAUCACGUGCUCCAGGCUCGGACUGUUGGCCAGCCUGAUAGACAGACAGAGACAACAAAACGGGGCGGGCGGGCGGGCGGGCCUCAACGUACGUCUUCAUCUGUUGGUUGAUGUGCACAGAGCAGACCUGUGAUGCGUACGUACCAUUUUUCGACGUUGAUGGAGUCGACCCUGAAGGUGGAGUCGUCUCCCGAGCCGAAGAGGUCCAGCAUGCCGCCGCCAGACUUGGACUUCUUGGACGGAUCCACACAUAUGAUCAUCACCUGGACAGACAGACAGACAGACACACAGACAGACAGACAGACAGACACAAGACCAACCACACACAUACGCAAUCGAGCAGCUGUCUGCCUGUCUGUCUGGACCGACCUGAGUGGACCUCAGCUUCGAGUACACGGUCUCGGCGCCUAUAUGAUACAGGCAGCAAGCAUCAUACGCACAGCCAGAACCGUGCCCUCCUGCUUGUCCCUCCGUGACUGACCGUUCUGCUUGGCCGUGUUGGGUUCGCUGCCAUCGAUGACGUUGACGUUGAAUCCCUGCUUCUCGAGGUCGCGCUGCACCAGGUCCUUGAUGCGACUCAACCCACCACUCACCUGACCCACACACACCAUAGCGUGACGCAGCCAUCCAUCCAAACAUCCAGACAUUGUCUGUCUGUCCGUCCAUCAGGCAGCGGUGUUGCCUGCCCCACCGCACCAGUGUGACGUAUUCGAUUCGGUCUCGUCUCCGUUUUGUGAACUCCCUGUCGCCCGCCAGGCCGAUGCUAAUAUCGCUGUCGCCGACGCUGAUGCCCCCGCCCUGCUGGUAACGACCCAUCGCCUGACACACAUACAUGAUAUCGACGAAUGACACGCACGACAGAGAGAACCGCUUGCAUUGGAGGGUAUCGCAUCCGUGGCAUCUCACUCUCUGUCUUACCGUCUUGAAAUCCUCCUCGAAAUCAUCAACCACCUUCCGCACUUUGCGGCUGCAAAGAGCAACGGCACAUCCAGCCAUCCAGCCAUCCAUCCAUCCAUCCAUCCAUCCACUGCUCACACAUGCCUCUCUCUCUCCACCUCACCGACCUGGAUUCAGGGACCUUUGUGGGGUCUUUCGGCUUGCCAGCCUCCAGGAUCCCGAACGGGUCGUCGGGGUCCAUCGAUGCGCCAAGCCGCCACCCGCCCUCCUCCUCACCCUCCUCAUCAUCUCUGCCCCUCUCCCUCUCCCUCCUGGACCACACCGCCACCUGACUCAAGCCCGCCCUCCUCAUCGACCGUCUCAGUGACUGUGCCAGCGGAUGGUGUAAUGAAAGAUGGCCGUGAUGGACGAACAAAGGGGAGUGUGACGGCGUCGGCUCCUGCCUGGCGGAGAGCGCGCCCACACUGCUGCUGACAAACAGGAGGGCUGAUGAUACCAGGAAAGUCAUGGUCAU